AUGAGAAGCAUGAGACUCUUUUUUUUACUUGCUUUCAAUGCCCUCAUGUUACCUGUUCCGUAUGGUUUUACUGACGAAAGUGAUAGGCAAGCUUUGCUAGAAUUCAAAUGUGGCCGCAAAAUCCAAAGAGUUACUCGUCUAGACCUGGGAGGAUUUCAAUUGGGUGGAGUGAUUUUACCAUCUAUUGGUAAUCUUUCAUUCCUCACAUCACUUAAUCUUACAAGUAAUUCUUUUGGUGGUUUCAUCCCUCAAGAAGUGGGAUACUUGUUUAGACUUGAAUACUUGAAUAUGAGCUUCAAUUCUCUCAAGGGAGAGAUUCCCUCCGGUCUUUAUAAUUGCUCUAGAUUGUUGAAGCUUGGUUUAUAUUCAAAUCAUCUUGGAGGAGUUGUUCCUCCAGAGCUAGGAUCAUUGACAAAGCUUGUUGGUUUGUUUCUUGGUAAAAACAAUUUGAACGGGAAGCUUCCUGCAUCUCUAGGAAACUUGACAUCACUCAGAUAUCUCGGCCUUGGAGAUAACGAUAUACAAGGAGGAGUUCCGGAUAGUAUGGCUAGAUUGACUCAAAUGGUGCAUCUUAAAUUAUCAUUGAACAAUUUCCCAGGCGUUUUUCCUCCAGCAGUUUACAAUAUGUCAUCACUUGAGUUCUUGAACAUAUUUGGUAAUGGUUUCUCAGGGAGCCUCAGGCCUGAUUUUGGAAAUCUACUACCAAACAUUCAAGAUUUAUAUAUGAGAACUAAUGAUCUCACAGCCAUCAUUCCACCAACACUUCCUAAUAUCUCAACGCUACAAAAUCUGGGAAUCGAAUAUAACAAUUUCAUUGGAAGUAUUUCUCCAAGAUUUGGGGAAUUUGGGAAUAAGCUUAGAGGUGACUUGCCUACCUCCAUUAUCAAUCUUUCCAGGAGCCUCAUCCGUUUACACAUUUCAUGGAAUCGCAUCUCUGGAAGCAUUCCUCAUGACAUUGGGAACCUCAUAAACCUACAAUCAAAUCAACUGAAAGAAAAUAUGUUGAGUGGUCCACUCCCAAUCUCUAUUUGUAAGCUUUUAAGAUUAGAAAAACUAAGUCUAGAUUCAAAUAGAAUCUCAGGAGAGAUACCAUCUUGUAUAGGCAACAUCACUCGGUUAGAAAUACUUGAAUUGUUCAACAAUAGCUUGGAAGGAACCAUUCCACCGAGUCUUAGAAAAUGCAGUUACAUGCUGUAUUUGUCAAUUGGGUAUAAUAAUUUAAGCGGGACUAUACCUCGGGAACUUCUGCAAAUUUCAUCCCUUGUUAACCUAAGCAUGGAAGGUAACUCGUUGAUUGGCUCUCUACCAGAAGAUAUUGGACGGCUACACAAUCUUGUUACACUGUCCGCUGCGCAUAAUAAACUCUCAGGUAAACUUCCACAAUCUUUGGGAAAAUGUCUAUUAAUGGAAAAACUUUACCUACAAGGAAACUCUUUUUAUGGAGGCAUUCAAGAUAUAAGUGGCUUGGUGGGUGUUAAAGAAGUUGAUUUGUCAAGCAAUAAUCUCUAUGGAAGUAUACCUGGAUAUCUUUCAAAGUUAUCCGAGUUGGAGUAUCUCAAUCUAUCUACUAACAAUUUCCAAGGAAGGGUGCCGACAGAAGGGAAAUUUCAGAACUCUACUAUAGUUUUGGUAUUCGGAAACAAAAAUAUUUGUGGAGGAAUCAAGGACCUGAAACUAAAGCCAUGCUUUGAGCUAGCACCAUCAGUCGAAACAAAGCAUCCAUUUGUUUUGAAAAAGGCUGUGAUUGGAGUCAGUGUAGACAAAUCAAUUCUUCUCAGCGGUCUCAGAGUUGGUUUCCCAGCUGCUGAGUGCUUGACACUGGUUUUGGAAUUGGGACUC